UUUUCAUCUAUUUGUGUCGUUAAUUUCAGUUCAUUAUCCAUAUCUACAAAACUGAUCCAAUUGAUUGUGUCCAUGUAUUAAUCAUUAUUUUUUUAUCUUAUUCUAAUAUCGCUUAGUAAUUUAUUCUGCAAUCUUUAAACUUUUUUUUAUUUUCGAAUAACAUAUUUAUUUUCAACAUUUUGUGAAACAUAAGUGAAGAAUAAGUGAGGAAAAAAUAUGUGUGUAAAAAUGGAAGAAAGUUACAUAGUAAAUCGAUAGCAUGAUAAUAAGUAUUGUAUUGGGCGCUGCUGAUACAGCAAGCACAGCAAAGUCACUCUUGCCACGUGCAAAAACCGGUUUGUGCUGUUAUUUUGUGCGACCGAACACUGUCCUUUAAAUUUUCUGUUUAGACGAAAUCUGUUGAAUUCUCACGGUAAGAAUGUGCUUUUAACCUGAUUGAAUUCUUUAAUUUCUACUAAUAGAAGUGGUUCCUUUCAACUUUUUGUUUUUCAAAUUGAAUAUUAUUUUUACAAGAACAUUAUUUUACAAAAUUGAACAGAAAAUCACAAUUUUUUAUUCAUCGAUGAAGCAUAUUAUAUACAUCACGUGAUAGUGAAAAAUAUUUUUCUUUCGCAAUGAUCGAACAUUGCUCCCAUAUUAUUAAUUCGAUAUGAUCGACAUGCGGAUAUACGAUUAUUACAUCCAUGACAUGGAUGAUGCAAUUAUUAUAAUAUGUGCUAUUUCAUGGAUGAGAAAGUCAUAAUUUUUAUAAUAUACGUAUUUUGUAAUAUAUUCAAAAUCGAAUUUAUUGAUUAGUUCUAUCCUCACCGAUUUUAAUAACUUUGAAAUAUAUCAUAAAGAUCAUUAUUUUUUUUUUAUACAUAACUGGCGAUUUUCAAGAUUCGUAAAAAUAUUUGAUAUUAUUAAUUUUGCCUAUGGAUAUAUAUCCGUGACACGUAUGAGACAGUAUGUGAUCAGCACUUAUCAACUGUUUAUAUAAACACAUCAAGGCAGCCGGCAAAUAUAUUUAUAACGGAUGAAUUAAUAUCAUUAGUAGUAUCUAUCCUUCGAAUUUGCGGAAUGCAAAAAUAAAAUAUAAAACAAUGAUCGAAAUUGUAAUGAUUAUAGUUAUAAUAAUCGAUGAGGAGGGAGCUAAUAAACAGAUCGAUUCUCGAAAUAUGAAUCAUAAUAAUACAAAAAGAUUAGAAUAUAUAAUAAAGUUUCUAAUUGGGCAAACGCUUCAUUCCGAUUUAAUUUUAAAUUUAAAAUCAAAUAUAUAAAACUGUAGAUCGCAUGGUCAGGUAAAUAAAUGACCGUAUAAUGUUACGUAAUAAUACGGCUAAUAAACUUACGACGCAAUACCAUACAGAUUAUACGGGCAACAAGUUCACGCGAUGUCGGCCGAUUGAAAACAAACUUCGAUGGCCGACACGAGUCUGCGCGUAGCAUAAAAACUACGUAUAUAAAUGUAUUUGUAUAUGUAUAUGUCUACGUUUAAACUACUAUAGAAUACGAGAAAUGUUGUCGUUUUUCUUUCCCGUAUUCUUUAUCUUCUUCCUUCGUAUUUCAUUUCACCGUGCAUAUCUUCACAUAAAUUUAAACAGCAAUGCUUUCGUACUUCGUCUUGGUUGUCUCUCUCGAUUCUUUUUCUAUGUCGCGUGAUGUUAUACGUGGCCAUUGUGCGCGCGCAUCCCUUCCUAAAACAACGCACGCCGCGACCGCUUCGGCGAUAUUUCCCGUUCCUCUAUGUUUAUCUGGCUCAGAUCCCUUAUAAUGCGGGUAUAAAUGAUGCUAAAUUGUAAACAUCUUGCACAUAUAAUCUAACCAUUGAGUCGAUAAACACGUUUUACUCAAACUUUUCGAAAAAACAUUCAUGAUGAAAUCUUACGUACAGAAUGGCGUUAUUACCGGCAAGUCGAUUUCAAACAUACGAGAGCAAUCAGUGAUUCUCAUACGCUCUUGAACAAAUUGUAAAAAUUAGACGAAAAAAGUAUUAAACAGAGAAAAAGAAAAAGGAAAGAACUAAGGAUGGAAGAAAAAAAGAAAGGUAGUUUUAACAUUUAAUUUUCUUUAAUUGUAAUAAUUCUUUAAUUGUUAGUUACAAUAUUGCAUUUCAAUCAUUCAUAUUGAUGAUUCAUAUAUGAUAAAUAUGAGUUUUAUUUAUUAACGUGAAUGUCAAGAUCGUGUUUACUUAAAUAAUAUCGAUGACGAAUUCUCUAAAAAUAGAAUUGCAAGCUAGAUAAAAAUUGCAUCAUUCAAUUCGGUAACUACGUGGCUUUAGCGUAGUAGUUUUGUCUCUUCGAAAAACGAGAGCCCCUGCCUAGAAGCUACGUGACGCGGCGCCGUUUCAGAGGGCGUCGACGAAGUUGCUCGAUGCUACGUAGAAGCAACGGAAAGGGAGGAGGGUAGCGGCAGUAAUGACAGCGUGGUGGGGAUCGAGGACUCGUCGAUGCCGGGACGAGAACAGCGACGAAAGAGAGUGGAGGGGUUGUUAGUAAGCGAAGCGGCCAUCUUGCGAGGUUCAGUCGGAAACCAACUGCCGUGCAGUGAGGGAAGGUAAAAGAAAAGACUCGAUGUGUUAGCUGAAGGAUUUUUUUAAUGCGCUUCCGAGCCGGGUUACCGCUACGUGCGAAAGGCUGUGCGAUACCGACAACGGAGCAGCGACCAUCCAGAGAUUUUCGCAUACGGAAAAACUUUGUUUUAUCCGGCGAAAAGUCUCAGGGUAGGAGCAGAGAAGGAGGAAUCGAGGGAGCAGAAGUUUUGACGCUGGAGAAGAGAAGUCGAGAAGGCAUCGAGAAGUUGUAUAACAAUUUCAAUUCUCGCGGAACAAAUUUAUCCGCGAUAUUUAAUAUCUCAUCAGAUUAAAGGCAGUGGAGAAGACAGAAAGAACUCUGUUCAUAUCAUUGGAGACAGUGAAGAGAAAGAGUAAAAGAGAAAAAAGUAAUAAAAAAGUGAAAGAAAGAAGAAUAAGUGACAGAUAAUUGAGAAGAAAAGAAAAGAAAAAGCGCAGUGUCAAAGUCUGUGAUAGUAUUUAUUCAAACGAUUCAGCUAUACCGGGUAUUGUCUACCACAGUAGCAUCGUUUGUCGCUCCUAUAAAUCGCAAGAGUUAGAGAAACAGAGGAAUAGAUAACCUUUAUAUAUUUAUUUAUAUCUGUGAUACCGACGCUGAUAUACAUCGAAUUAUCCCGAAAAAGAAAGAGAGAAAGAAAGGAAGUAUACGUCGGUAAAGAAAGAAAGAAUUGAGAGAAGCAUAGUGGUUUAAAAAGUUAAGAUAGUGGGAAAGGAGAUUAUAUCAGUAACUUAGUGGAUAUAGAUGUUUUUGUAUAUACGACUGACUCUUUUUUAUAAUUAUUGAUAUCGGGUUAAGAGCGAAAAAGAGAGGAAGUUUCAUUGUUGUUUGUUAAUUGAAAAAGAAGGGAGAUUCAAAGAAGAAAAAAAUUAAAAGAAAGUUUUGUUUUGAAUAAGAACUUCACUUUCCUUUUUUGACUCUUUUCUGGAUAUUAAACAACCGAAGCUUGUGGUAACUGUGCGAAAAUGGUGGAGAAAAUCUUGGAAGAACGAGAAGACGGUUGUCAAGAGGUUGCAAGAGAAGAUGCAAAUUGCAGAGAUACCGUGAAUUCCACGGGUGAAUCUAUGAGCGCGGUGCAAGCUCGACAAGAAGAAGCUAGGCGCAAAAGACGCAAGAAGAAACGUUCUGGAUCAUCCUUAAUGUCUUCUUGCUUCCAAGAACUGUACAGAUUGACUGGCGAAGUUCUUGGCGAAGGUGCUUACGCCUCGGUUCAGACUUGCAGGUCGCUUUAUACAGACCUGGAAUAUGCUGUCAAAAUUAUUGAUAAAAUUCCUGGUCAUGCACGGGCACGUGUAUUCAAAGAAGUCGAAACAUUUCAUCAUUGUCAAGGACACCCAAACAUUAUUCAAUUAAUCGAGUUUUUCGAAGAUGAAGAAAAGUUUUAUUUGGUAUUCGAGAAAGUAAACGGUGGUCAAUUGUUGAGCCGGAUACAAGAAAGAAUUCAUUUUAGUGAACGAGAAGCAAGUCAGAUAAUUCAAGAGAUCGCAAGCGCGUUAAAUUUCCUUCAUAAGAAAGGUAUCGCUCACAGGGAUCUGAAACCCGAAAACAUCUUGUGCGUGUAUCCGGAUAAGUUAACACCAAUUAAAGUGUGCGAUUUUGAUCUUGGCUCAGGCAUAAAAUUCAAUAACUCGUUGUCAAGUCCUGUAGCUACUCCGCAACUUUUAACGCCAGUUGGCAGUGCUGAUUUCAUGGCUCCGGAAGUUGUGGAAGCUUUUAUCGGAGAAGCGAAUUAUUAUGAUAAACGUUGUGAUCUCUGGAGCCUUGGUGUGAUUAUGUACAUUCUCCUUUGUGGUUAUCCACCUUUCUAUGGGAAUUGCGGUUCCGACUGUGGUUGGGAGAGAGGCGAAAAUUGUCAGGCUUGCCAAGAGCUUCUAUUUACAAGUAUUCAGGAAGGCAGGUAUGAAUUCCCAGACAACGAAUGGAGGUGUAUUUCGGAAGACGCAAAAGAUUUGAUCAGAGGCCUGCUCGUAAAGGAAGCUCAUCAAAGGCUUAGCGCCGAGAGUAUUCUGAAACAUCCAUGGAUUAAUCCUGGUCCAAGUUCCGUUGAAAAUACUGAAAAAUCUCUUACAACUCCUCAUAUUAUCAGAAGAAACAAUUCUGCUAGAGAACUCUCGGCGUUUGCUGAAUCGGCGAUGGCUGUGAAUCGUGUUGUACUUCAACAUUUCUCCGUGAAUUUGGAGGAAUUAGCUGAGAAGAGGGAACCGAGAUUGUCUACUUCAUCCACAGAUGAAGAUAACCAUCCUUACGGGCACAUGUCCGAUUCAAGCAGCGAAUUAUCAGAACACAGUAAGCUUUGCGCGACUCAUUCCUCAAACGAAUUUGAUGCUAAUUCGCGUGUAAAAUCUUGUUCGGUUCAUUCGAGUAUCGACUUAAUCGAAUCAAAAACCAUUGGAAAGAAUCGAAUGAUUGGUAAGGAUUCAUCGCUUCAUCAACUGUUUGGUUUGUCACCGCCUAGCGAGAGCCGUUUGAUGCAGCGCCGUUUAAAAGCUCGUUCAGAUCUGCUGGAACGUCAGACGAACAAAGCAGUUAUCGCGUCCCCUAGUGGCUGAAAGGUGACAUUUUUACGAGAGAAAACAAAGAUCUCCUUUCUUGGUACCGCGUAUAAUUCAUAUUUACACAUCUGCAUAUACGGAUACGAAAGAAGUGUGUACAGUAAUGUUAUCUAUCGAUAAUUGACAAAGGGUAACAAUGAUAUAAGCUACUUUAUGAUUGGCUAAAAGAAGAGUUGUGUUUCGUUAAAAAUAACUAGAGUCGCAUUACAAUGAUUUGCUCGACAAUUGACGAUUAUUAUACAUACACGAGCAUAUUCUGUACAGCGACACAUGGGGCGACGGCAUAAAAACGUGUCUUCACUCCGAUACACAAUCAACUGCGCGCGACGCCAACAGUACACGACACUCAGUCAGACAAUAAUUCUUCGUAAAUUUCCAUUCCCGACAUGGGAUUUAAAGAAGCAUCGUAUCCGAAUAUCUUUUUUUUCUUCCGUUUUUCUGUUUUCUCUCUUUUCUCUUUUUUAUCUUUUUUUUCUCUUUUUCUUCCUGUUAUGCUUUAGUUUCAUUUCGACAAAACUAUUCAAUGUUUUUUGUUUUUUGCACUUAAGUUCAUAAAGAUACAGUAUUCGUUCGAUUUAUAUGUUGCAUGUUGCUUUAUAAUAUAUUCGUUAAAUAAUAUGAACGAACAUAAGCAAAUACAGCACAAAUUUCAUACAUAUACAGUAACAAUUAAUGUCGUACACCUCAAUGUAUGGAUUUUUCCUUAUAAAUUAUUUUUACAAUGUUUUUAAGCUUAAAAUAAUUUAUACAUGAAUACACUAAACAGCUUAUUUAAUUUGAUUUAUAAUGAGCAACUUUUGAGGGACUCAAAACUGUAUUUACUUAUUUGAUAUACAAUAUUUAUAAAUUAAAAAUUAGGCCUUCUCAUAAGUAAUAUUAUUUUAAAAGUAUAGUUUCUAUAGAAAAGUAAUAUCUAUUUAUAUAUUUUUAAUUAAUUGAGUGUUAUUUGCGAGAUUGAUUUUUUAUAAUGGAAGCAAAAUUUUAAUUCUUUUGCCAAGAAAUUUCUUAUCUUUUCAAUUAAAAUAUUUAUUAAAUGUAUUUAAUUUUCUGAUCUGUAUUUUCAAAGAUUUUACUAUUUAAAAAAUUUUGUAAUAAAAAAAACAGAUGAUAAUUCUUUGAUGCUGGAUUAAAAGAAUUAUAGAUUUAAUAUAUUAACACGAAUUAAUUGUUUAAUUUUUGAUAUUAUUACUUUUGUAUGUAGAUAUUGUACUGUGUAUAGUCAAGUAUUAAAGUGGAAAAAACUUCUUUGUAAUUUUCUAAUAACAAUUAUUUUUAUUAAAAACAUAUUAUUUCAUUUUUCCACUAUGAUAUUCUCAUAAUAGUUUGAUUUUAUUUUAAAAACUUACAAUAAGAAUAUACAAUAAUGAUUCUUUAUAAUUACAACUGUUUUUAGAAUAAUAUUACUUAUGGGAUGAUCUAAUAUUUAUAUAACAGAAACAUUAUUCUGGUCAUCAGAUAUUAAUUAGUGUGAUGAGCAUGUCUGGCAUGAGAAAAAAAAAUUAGAUAUAUUUUCAUCAAAAAAGACCAAAGGAUUGUGUUAAAGAUAAAUGGAAUAAUAAUCCAAAGAAUUCUAUAAUUAAAUCAAUGUUAAAAAAUGAUACUAGUCAUGGUUAUCCCAUGAAGUAUUAGAAAACGAAAUAUAUAUUUUUAUUAAGUAUUUUAUUAAUUAUAAUAACGUUAUUUGCUAUAUGUAAGAUUUUUACUAAUUAAUUUUUCUAUUUAUACAAAUAGAAUUUUUAAUUUGGAAUUACAGUUAAAUUGUUCCAGUUCGUUUUGGAUGAUUCGUUGCCUAAAUAAAUUUAAAAAAUCAUUAUAAUUUGAUAACAUUUUGAAAAUUUAUCUAACUUAAUCUAAUUUUUGUAUUGUGUGCAAAAAUUACUUGUUGAUUAAACGAAAGAUUGAGUCUGACUAACUAAUUCCAAUAGAUUCAAUAUAUUUAUAAAAAUAGGCACGUAUAUUAGCCAAAAAUAUCAUAUCUACAGAUAAAAUCAUAUGACACUAUGUAAUGAAAAAAGUGCCGUCCUAGUAGCUAUCUUAUCUGUAUUAUAUAUUUCACAUAUUUACAAAUUCAAUGUUCUAUUCCUCAUUUAUUGUCUUUUUUAUACAGUAAAUCGCAUUUUUAAAUCCAUAACUUUUGAUAUACAAUGAUUUUCCGGAUGUAAAACUUAUAUUAUUGAAUUCUACUUGCCAAAUAUCUUCAAAAGACAUAAAAAUAAAUAAAAAAAAUUGUUGAUUGUCAAAACGAAAUUUUUUAAUUUAUAAGUAAAAAUUUUCCACGUAUUAAGGUGUACGAUUUUAACAUUUGUACAUUUUAACAUAUGUACAUAUAAAAAGUCAAAACAAUCACAUAUAUUUCUAUUCCGGUUCAAAUUAAAAUUCUUUAUUAGUAUGGAACGUAUAGGAACUUCAAAUCUGUAAUAUGUACAUUCCACUGUUAAUAUUCAUUAGAUAAAACAUAUAGCAUAAUAUUAAAAAAAAUAAAAAAAUAAAAAAAUAAAAAAAAAUAAGUCAUGGUAGAUAAUGUUUCUGUACUUUCGCUGUUAUGUAGUAUCUAGAGAGAAAUUCAUGUGUAUAUGCUCGUUCAUAUCGAUUUAUCGAAACGGCUAUACACAGAAAGACGCUAAAGAAGAGAAAAUGAUUUGUGUUUGAUGAAGAAUCAAUUAUCGAUAAUACAUAUCUAUAUUUGCUUUGUUUAUUUUAGUUUCUUAGUUUCAUCUUAAAUAUUUUUGGAACGCGUAGGUACGAUUUAACGAAAUAUUUCCGAGUUUUUUUUCUUUUCUAAUAAUAAUCUGUUGAGAAUGAUGAAAUACAGCAACAGCAACUUCGAACGAUAAAAACAUGUAUAAUGGUAAGAAGAUUAAACCGCGCAUCUUGGUGCAUGUUACGAAUAGUUUGCUCAGUAGGUUUCUAAGAAUGUAGUAGAGUGUAAGUUGAAAAAUGUUUUAAAGAAGAUUCCAAGAAAGGAAUAAAAACGCGUUUGUAUCGAAAGGAAAAGGGGAACGAUAAUUACGGCCAUUUUUUGUAAAUGUCUCUUAAGCAUCUUUGUAGGGAGUUUAGUACAUAAGGAUGAUAAGAAAAAAAAAAGUUAGUUUAACAAAAAGAGGAAAAAAAAUAAGAAAAAAAAUACAGAAAAAAAAUGUACCUGCGUCGUAAGUGAUUUAAGAGUAUACCGAAUGAAGGAGUGAAAUGAAGAUGUACACGAAGCACAGAGAGAGAUCGAGAGAUAUAUCCGAUAACGUGCACAUGCGCACGUACGUUAACGGGUGAACUUUCUCGAAGAAAACCUAGAUUACACAAAAAUCACAUCCAUUAAUUACUGUUAUGUAUUUUUGUAGAGUUUUAUCGACGAAAUGUCAUUUUAUCAUCUACCCACCUACAGUUGCGAUUCGACUCUGUUGAUUGCAAAUGAUAACCAAAAACUUUCCUUUGAUCGAAUAAUUUUUGUUACGUAAAAUACAAAUAUGCCAUAUGCAAAUAAUGAAUGUUGCAUUUUUUAUACGAUGGAAGAUCGCAAUCGUAUGAAUUUCAAACGAAAUAUUAUCCUUCUAUAUCGUCUAAUUCGGUAGAUUUUUAUUUGCUUUUUAUUCGAUAUGAUGGCAAACGUGUUUUCUUUAAGGAAUGGAUAAAUUAAUAAUAACAUAAUUAAUAAUAGGUAACUGAGAUUAUAAUAGAUAAUUGAGAUUCAUUUACGUUCAUUUUAUAAUAAUUACAAUAAUUAUUACAGUGAUGAGUCGCGCUGUGGUGGGGGGAUUCUUUACUCAGGGCAGUUACAAUGAGCUGCGCAAAUUUGUUAUAAAUUACAUACACACUAUCGCGUUUGAAGGAAACCAAGAAGAAAGAGCUUAUGAUAUUUGUAUGCGAUCGAAGUCCAUCCAGGGUUGAAAAAUUAAUCGUUAUUUGUUCUUUCUUCAAGUUAACCCUGAAAAAAACUUUGUCCAACGGCAUGAUGACACGGUAAUAACAGAAAAUCGAUUCGUAAAGAUCGAUUAGCAUUAACUAAACUUUCCUCUCGAGGAUAUUCGAUCUUUCUGAACUUUCUUACAAACAUAAAUAUCAUUUUGUCACAUAACCUUUAUUCAAUUCCCAUGGAGAGCAAAUAUCACAAGACCAUAACGGUAUAAUCGAUCGUUAACAAAUCUUUGGUUAUUCCAUCGUGUUAUGCUCAUCCAAAUGCCUCAAAUUUCAAGGAAAAUCGACGUUUCCCUUGAAAAUUGGAACAUUUGUUAGCGAGAAUAACGUUAUCGAUUUGUCGUCUAGCGAGAGGAAAAUCAUGUGAGAACACGCAUGCGUCAUUGCACGUGCUUACGACGUAGAGACGAAAAAAAGCGUUACACAUUAAUUACAACCAUGAUUCUUUGAUCAUGGAAGCCAUCAAGAAACACGAAUGUAUCGCGGUUUUCUUUUUCGUAAUUCUUUUUUUUGUAAUUUUUUCAUAAUUUCUUCGUAAUUUUCUCAUAUUCUUCUCCCAUUUCUUUAUUCUUAAUUCUUUCGUAAAUCGAAAGGUAUGAUGAGGUGGAAAGAAUAUACGAAUGCGAAGAGAAAUGAAAAUAAUAGAGAGAGCGAGCGAGAGAGAGAAAGAGAGAGAGAGAGAGAGCGAGAGUGAGAGAGCGAGAGAGAGAAGGAAAAGGAUGAAAUAAUAAAUGAUUGAAUUGAACGAUUGAACAUUUUCAUCUACGAGUAAUAAUAUCAUACCUUUCAUAGCCUAAUUCUUGCUAUUGAUCAUAUACGUUAUCGAUUGACAUCUUUCUCUCAAAAACUGCAUCUUCGAAUUUUUAACGAUACAUUUUUGUUACUUGUUCCGUUCGUUCAUUUAUAGUAUAUGUAUGUACAAUAGCGUAUGGCGUAAUCAACCACAGUCUUGGUAAUACAAUAGUUUCAUGAGAAAACUAAAAAUGCAUUCUCGACCGAUAUCUAUUUCUCGCACGAUAUUGUUUCAUUUCAAGAUGUGUUUCGUACAAUUUUUGCUCCCUUGAACCACGCCAUCAUCCCAUUGUCGUUUUCAAAGCGACACCAACCUGAUAUCGAUCGAGCGUGCAGCGUUUCAUAUCGUCAAUAUGUUAACGAUGCGGCGUAGAUAAAUGCUUUUUCGAAGGGAUAUUCAAAUGCGAGAAGAGAGUGCGUAGAGUAAAGGACGAGCAGCGACAAAUAUUGUGUAAGGAAAGCAAUCGAAUCAGAAUAUAAAAAGAGGAAAUAUCCAUGGCCAUAAUAAUAUAGAUCUAUAAAAUUGUAAUGUGAAUGCGUGAGUGUUUGUAUGCCUGCCUAUCUGUCUAUCUUCGUUUCAUUCGUAUAGACGAAAGAAUUACACGCACGAAUAAAAUUACGUGCUCUUUCUGUAUGCGUCUAUGGAUGUAUAUAAAUAAGUUGGUAUGUCAUGUGUGUAUGUAUGUGUGUGUGUGUGCGUGUGUGUGUGCGCGCGCGUGUAUGUGUAUGUGUAUGUUACGAACUCGAACGGGAAAAAAUAAUAUUUAGUGUAUAAGCGAGAGAAUAAACACCUUAGUAUAGGUUUAUAAAAUUAUGUGCUAAGGUACCGCUGCGCUAUACCGACGAGUCUUUCUUCGACUAUCAUUCAAAAGAGAGAGAGAGAGAGAGAAAAAAAAAGGUCGCGAUUCAUCCGUACUACGCGAAUGCACUUGUAGCAUAGCUUCGUUUGUUCGUUUAUUCAUUUGUUCGUUUAUAUUCGUUCAUUGAACGGUGUAACAGCGCUUAAAGCGUGUACUAGUCGGAUAAAAGGGAGAAUUAAAAUAUUGCGCAUAUAUUUUUUUUUUUUUUCCAUUCUCAAAGCUUGACAAUUCUCAUUUCUAAAAAUCAAUCCAGACACGGAGUAAGCGUACACGUUUAUAUACUCUGUACGUAUUUUUGUGGAUCUUGAAUGGAAUUUUGUGAUCUUGUGCGAAAUUAGGAUGAGAAUAUUUUUCGAUGUAGACAAUUUUCGAUCGAUCGGUCUCGAAAAACACGAACCGAUCAAAAAGAUAUAUAUUGCAAACUCUCGACAUAUCGCAACGGUAUACAAAGACACGGCUUGCGCAAACAUUGCUUGUGAGUUUCUUCCGGGUAAUACAAAAUACUUUCGACUUUUUUUUUUUUGGCAUUUUUGUCUUUCAAAAAUAAUAAUAAUAAUAAUAAUAAUAAUAAUAAUAAUUUUCCCUGUGUUUUCUAAAUUUAUAAAAAUUUCACGAGGAAAAAGGCCGUGUUACGUAUACCCCGGAAGAGAUAGCAUUUUCAUUACGGUUCUUUAUUUUAGACAAAGAAAAAUAGUAUAAAAGAAAGAGAAAGAGAGAAUGAGAGAAUGAGAGGAUGAAAGAAUGAGAGAAAAAUGAAAAAUUCCUUAAAGAACGAAUAAAAAAAAAAAAUGUCACGAGUACUUUUCAAACGAACAUCGGUUUUUUUUUUCUUUUUUCUUUUUUUCCUCGUCUGCUUUUUAUUUCAGCCAUUUGCCGGACCGGAAGACGUGUAUUUCGAUUCCUUUCCAGUUUUCAUACCGUAAAAUAUCUUAACGAAGAAGCCCGUCGUUGCUCUCCUUCAUCGAUUUUUGGAUGAUCUAUUGGCUAUAUUGUGACAAGAAUUACGAAUUGAUCGUAAGAACGAUGCUCGUCCUUUUUUUCUGUGAAAAAAAGAUGCGAAACUUUUAAAAGGUUCUCUUUCGCACGGAAAGCGAUCAAAUGAGAAUGAAAAAAAGAAAGAAAGAAAAAAAAACGGACAACAAAAGCGGUAUAAUAAGAACGAAAAGAAUGCAUUUCACAAAUACGAAAAUGUGAAAGUGUAAAGCAUAAUUGCUAUUUCUAUGUGUAUGAUAUUUCGAUCGUACGGAUAGAAACAAUUUCCAAAAAAAAAAAAAAAAAAAAUAAGAAAAAGAUAAAUAAUCUCUUGUAAAGUAAUUUGAGUGCGAAAAUUCGAGAUGUGAAAGAAAGGUGAGAAAGAGAAUGAUGAAGAAGAGAGGAUUUUCGGGACUUGGGAAUCGUAAAAGUUUGCGAACGGCAUUGUUUUUUCCGUGUAAAAGCGAGCAAAUCUUUAUGAGAACUUUGUAAGCUUCCUAAUAAAAUAGCAUUUAAUCGAUAAA